UGUUCGACAGCUUAGGUAGUGUGAUUAACAUUGGUACCAAUGUGGACGCUUAAUCCUGUCGUGAGCAGGGAAACCUGGUACCAGUACAAUGUACUAUGCAGAGUGGGACUGCUAUUGAAAGAGAGGAUGGAGAAAUCCCUCAUUGUAUAAAAACUCGGGUGUAGACUUUGGAUGGAUUUAUGUAGUGCAGUGGUAAAAGAGUGAUAUUGAAUUCCAGAUGUUCAAAUCCUCAGAGAAGCAGACUGUAGGUCAGAAAAUAAUUAAAGCUGUUCAAUAUAUUAUUAUCAGAAAUAUAUGAUCAUAUAUGAAGAGUGGAGAGUUUAAUGUUUAAACAUUUGAAUGAUAUAUUAUGGUGCCUCUGUGACUGUAACAGUUAGACAUUGUUGAGGACAUUUAGUUACUGGUUUUUGUUUUUGUUUUUUGUGAAAGUAUCUCUUCUUAAUGGUGCUUUUUUUUCCCCUGUUGUGAGAAGCUGUUUGUAAGAAUUGGAUUUGAAUCCCUGCUGAUACAUGUAGAUCAAUGAUGUGAAAUCCGGCUGUAAACAGAGGUAUCAUAACACUAUUGAUCUAGACAAUAGUUAGUGGGGUCUAGAAGAAACUCCGCUGUCUAUAGUAAAGGCCAUAACUCGUCUAAAAGUAACAUCAAUUUCUGUGUCUUCACUGUUGAUUUCGACAGUUAAGUUAGCAGGGUUUAGAGGAGCGGAGAUCCGCAGAAGAAACUCCAUCGUCUAGAGUAUCAGGCUAUAACUUGUCUAAACGUAACAUCAAUUUCCGUGUCUUCACUGAUGUUCUAGAGAGAACGUGGUCCAUACUUACACUCUGUCGCUAGUCAGGCAGUGCAAACAUCAAUGUUUACAAGACAAUUUAAAAUUGUUUGUCAUUCCGUCUAGAAAAUAAAACAGUUCCUUGUACAGUGUUUGAAGUGAAAGCAGCCCUUUAUUUCUGAUGACAAGCAGAGGUAAGGAUGUAGAUAUCAUGUGCCGAGGAUCGAGGCCGCUGUAACAUAUUGAAGGCUGUGCUUGGUUUAUCAACUUAAAAGUAAGUUUACCUGCGAAGGGCAACAGACCAUGCUGAGAUGACUCAUCACAUCAAGCAAUGUAGACCAAGGCCGAAUUAUAUUUCUCCAUCAACAGUAUGAACUCCAACUGUCUAUAUGCAUGAAUGGAAAUAUAGUCCUGGUCAAGAUUUGAAUGUUUUGUGCUCAUAAGGAUGCUAGUGUAAUUUCUGGACUAUAAUUCUUUUGCUGGUAUUGACUGUUUUUAGAAAUUGCUGUUGCUGCAGUUUCAUUGAUUUUUUUAACAUUCAAUAGAUGUGCAUGAUAAAACAGAAAGCAAUACAUUAGUUGCAAUAUUAAUAUGGAUAGAAGCUGUUCCUCUACACCAGUGUCUGGGAUGUCACCGUCUUAUGUUGCCAAGUGUCAUAUUAUGUUAUUGUCCAAAGAGAGGAUGAAAGAUUAAAAUCAAACGAUGUCAGCCAAUUCCUUACUUCCUGUUAGAUAACUUUCCAUUACCAUGGCAACAGGAAGAAGGGGUGUACAUACCACCAAAUCAAACUCGCCCAGAUCGAAGAAAACAGGAGGAAUCCAGGUAUCAAAAGUGGAACAUGAUAUUGACGAAUUCCUGGAGAACUUCCGACGGAAGAGUUCUACCUUGGAUCUGCCAGCAGGUACGGAUAUGCGCGAGACCCUCGGGCUCCCCCCUGCAGGUUAUAGCUCAUCUCAGUGCUCCACUGACGAGUGCACGGACGAGAGUCCGGACAGAUCUUAUUUUCUGCCCCCUUCGACAUUUGUGAAAGGUCAUCGCCACCAGUAUAGCAACACGACGAGCGAGUCUGAGUGGGGGCCGGACUGUGAUGAGGAAAUCUCAAAAGAGGAUAGGAUUAAAGAACUCAACGCUCAAACUCAGAACGCUGAGGAGCAGAAGGUGACAGAGAAAGAUAGCGACUUAAUGGAAGAGCAAGAAUGUCCAUACAGUGUCCUGGAUGUGGCUUCUCUGAUACAAUCACGAUACGCAUUUAUCACAGGUGGAAAAGCAAAGAAUGGCGCCUUGAUCCUCACAUUUCCAGAAAACCCCCAACACCCACAAAUACCCGACGAAGAGUACCGAAAGCUCGUCAACUUCCUGUGUUGUGUACCAACGGUGGUGGAAUCUGAACAGGGGUUUGUGAUUAUAUUAGACAGAAGACAGGCAAGCUGGAAUGAUGUCAGGGCACUCUUACUCAAAAUGUCGGAGUUUUUCCCAAACCAUAUACAAGUUGUAUUCCUACUUCAACCAAAGGGAUUCUUCCAAAGAGCUUUUGCUGAUAUGAAAUCCAAGUUUGUGAAAGAAGAAUUAGAAUUCAAGGUUGUGUUGUGUAAUGAGCCCAGCGAGAUGUUGGAUUACAUCAGUGAGGACCAGAUUACAACAGAUGUCGGAGGCAAACUUGAAUUUGACGCUAACGAGUGGACUCAACAUAAGUCUGCAGUAGAAAAAUUUGCAUCCAACACAGAAAAGAUGUCUGCCGCUGUAAAGAUCCUGGUGAAGAAAUAUGAUGAGAUAGAGAUUCCGAACGACGUCCCGGGGAUGGAGAAACUCAUCCAAGACCACGUCCAGGGCCGCAAGGAGAUCCUCGAUGACAUUACGUCCACGGUAACCCACGGAGAGACAUUGCUGAGCUGUAUUAGGGGAGAUAACUCAGAUGUUCACUUUACACAGGCCACACAUGUCAGAAGUCUAGAUAAACUUUUGAUCAAACUUGAAGAAAUUAAGAAAGAGUUUGAGGGAUUCUGGGAUAAACAUGAGAAGCGAUUGAAUCAAACACUUCUUCUAAGAGAGUUCGAGGAAGAAUUCAAACUAUAUCAGUUCGGAGUGGAACGUAAAUUAGAAUGGUUGUUGAAUAAAAUGUCCGAGAUUGGAGAUUCUUUGACCAAAGUGGAGGAACUGUUCCAGGAAUUUGAGGAGUUUGAACAGCAAGCACAGAAAGACCUAGAGCAGGCAGACAGAAUGCGGGGGAACGGGGACCAGCUAAUCGCCCAGGACAGCUAUGCAGUCGAUUCCAUCCGACCAAAAUGCAUUGAGCUCCAGCGAAUGUGUGACCAGUACAAAUCCCUGCUGAGGCGACGCAGGGAAAUGCUCAACAAAUCACAUGAUCUCCAGGAUAGAAUCGACAAGGCAAACAAGUGGUGCAACAAGGGUGUGGAACUGUUGUCCAAUCUCCCACCGGAGCAUUGUCAGUCUGCGGAGGACACCCGGUCAGCCAUCGAAGACAUCGAGAACUUCAUGACCACAUCCAGUCAGCUCCGACUGAACAAUCCGAAGGAAUUCCGACAACUGUUUGAAAGCAUGAUCACUCCAGAUACCAGGACGGUGGUGCAGAAGGUGUUGAGGAAAAUGGAGGACGUAAGUGCCAUGUGUGAAAGGAGACGUCACAGUUUCCAGGAAACCAUCCAUAACCGACAGUCUUCUCACACCGGGCCACAUAACCAACCGUCCUCUCACACCGGGACACAUAACCGACAGUCCUCUCACACCAGGCCGAUUCGAGCCAUCCACCCUAUGGAUAGGAGUACCACCGAUGGGCCAGAACCCAAACCCAAGGUCUCCAAUGAAACUGCCAACAAACAGAUAGACAUGUACCACAAGUCAGCCCGAUUACGGACAGACAUGACGUCUCACCUCCGAAUGUCUCAUCAAACUGCUAAUAGCGUCAGUAAUAUCUCCGACACAGGAAGUGAAAAAACUCGAAGUUCCUUGUCUUCAAUGUCCACGACCACGUCACUGGGGUCGUCAAUAUCCGACAUUGACACGUUACUCGCUAAACGCAGACAUGUUUUAAAUGAACUGAUCGAGUCAGAGAAGACUUAUGUCUCACAAUUAGCAGAUAUUGUUCAUGGUUACCAAGAUAAACUAGAAGACUCCGAGAUGAGACAUUUGGUUCCUGAUGCAAUUCGAGGGAAGAAGGAGAUCCUUUUUGGGAAUUUAGAACAAAUCUACAGAUUCCAUAAAGAUAAAUUCCUCCAUGAAUUAGAAGACUGCCACGAUGCCCCGGCCAAGGUGGGCCAGUGUUUUACCAACAGGAAAGAAGAAUUCCAUUUAUACAGUGUUUACUGUCAAAACAAAACUAGAUCCGAGACUCUCAGGAACCAAGUCGGAGACCAAAACCCGUUCUUCCUGGAAUGUCAGAGAAGACUUGGACACAAACUUCCGUUAGGAGCUUUUCUUCUGAAACCAGUCCAAAGAAUUACCAAAUACCAGUUGUUACUAAAGGAGAUGUUACGGUUCAGUGAUCAUGAUAAGGACUGUGAAGCCCACUUACAGGAGGCUUUGGAUUGUAUGCUGGAGGUGGUCCGCUACGUCAAUGACAGCAUGCAUCAGAUCUCCAUUGUGGGAUUCCCCGGCAACCUGUCUGAGCAGGGGAAACUAAUCAUGCAGGGCAGUUUUCAGAUGUCGACAGAACACAAGGGUAAAAUAAAGGACCUGAGAUUUAAACCUAUGCAGCGACAGAUGUUUCUUCAUCAGAAGUCCAUUCUCUUGUGUAAACGCAGGGAAGACACAAACAGCUGUGACAAGGUCGUCUACAGCUUCAAAAAUCUCCUCAAGUUGUCCCAGGUUGGAUUGACGGAAAAUGUCAAGGGAGAUAAGCGGAAGUUUGAGCUCUGGCUUCGGGGGAGAGAAGAGGUGUACAUCAUUCAAGCACCCAGUUUGGCUGUCAAGGAGAUGUGGGUCAAAGAAAUCAAAAGAGUUUUAAUGAACCAGUUUGAUGAAAUCAAAGCAGUGAAUCACAUGCAUAAUACGAGUAAUAAUUACCGGGUCCCCGACCAGGAGCCGAGAAACGGACACAGUUCUCGCAGAUAUGUUGAUAACUGGAGAACUCACAACCACAUGAUAUUUAACAACAAUACUCCCACCGUCCCCCAGGGACUGGAGAUGAUGUCACCGGAGUCCCCACCCCGAGGGACACGAGAGGAUGAUGUAGGCUGGGAUACAGAUGAGUUUUCUGAUGGGGAGGAGGCAAUUUCUCGUCAUCCCUACUCCCCACCUGUCCACAAACAGCCCGUCUACAUGCAGCAUUUCCGUUCCCUUGGUAACUACACAGCCAGUGACCCCACUGAAAUGACUUUGUUGGAGGGUGAUGUGGUGAAGGUCAUUAAGACGGGGUCCACAGGGUGGUGGUACGCCCAGCAUACAGUCACUCAGCAGGAGGGCUGGGUGCCUUCUACCUACAUGGAGGCACUAACUGACAACUCCCUAUCCAGUAUCAAUUCCAGUCCACAUGACUAUAAAUCCAGCUUAACAAGUGUGUAUACUGCUAGUCCGGUUGACGAGUCAACAGUGUAACAGGAGUUGCCUCUCUUUCCUUUUUUGUUAACACCAGAUGUCUCUGGAUCAAAAUCUGGAUCCUUUCUAACGUACACACUUCAAAGACUUGUGAAAUCAUUCCUCACAAUUACUUCCAACAAACAGAUGGAAUCUAUUUUGCAAUAUUUAUUGGUGCACUUACCUGGCUGUUGAGAGUUGGUAGAACCAGUGUCAGCAGUAUAAUGAUUGAUUUUUACAAACAUGGUAGAACCAUGGUAGUACUUCAUGAUGACAGAUAAACCAUUCAUCUCUCAGUUAAAAUAUCAUGGAGAUACAAAUAUAUGAAUGUAUUCUUGGACCCUAAGCACCGUGUAUACAACUGUUGUUGCUAUGGAGAUGAUAAAUCAUCUUAUCAUGUGAUGUCGAAUUUCAAACCUAAGUGUCUAAGCAAGGGAUCUAAGCGUUUUUGAAGAUGACCUUGACAUGUUAUUGACCAAUGGAUCUGAGUGACCUCUGAAGGUCAUCCUCAUAAAGAGAGGGACAUUGAAACCUCGGUCUCCAUGGAGACCAAGUCUCUCUCUGUCUAUCUAGUCCUACAAUAUUUUGUGUUUUGUCAAAUAUAAUCUGAUGGCUGUUAUAUGUGUUUGAAGCAUUCCAGUGUUUUACUGUGGUCGUUAUGACAACAUUCCACAAAGCAUUUAAUUAUAGAAUUUUAUCCCGCAUUUAUAAUUCACAUUUAUAAACUAACCAUUGUUAUACAUUCAUUCUAUGUAUAGAUAGCAUACUUUUUUAUACUUAGUGGGUGACCUUGACCUUUGUUCUGCAUCUGAAGGUUGCAUUAGCAACCAUUAUUGAAAUACUUAAUGUUUUCUGAAUUGAGAUAAUUUGUCAUCUGUCUUCCCCUCAAAUGAACAUUGACAGGUUUAAGUUUAUAUCGGAUAUUAUCAGGGGGUUCUGUACAUGUUCAAUGGUUGCUGAUUUGAUGUUGUAGUAACAGGUGUUCAAAAUCAGGAUUUAAAAGAAAAGAAAAUUGAUUGGGAAGCUGAUGAAACUGUAUGAUAUUUUGACAUAAAAUUUAUUGUGCCAUGAUCUGAAAGUAAGUCAAGCUCAUUUUCUGGAUAUACCUAUAUAGAUAUCGUUUUUAUGCUGUCGGCAUUUUGUGUUGCUGACAUAUUGGUAUAUUAUAUAUAUUUUUUUUUUCAAAUUUUUAUCAUUAUUACUAAAAUGUUCAGUUAUUCAUGGUUUUAAGAAUAAAUCCUUUAUAUUCAUAAAUGGGAUAAAAUGUUUCCUACAAAAGUUACCAUGCCUUGAAUAUAUUUUAUAAUCAUGAAAAAUUGAAGAAGAACACAAAAAAAUGAUUGCCUGCAGAAUUCCUGCCCUGCUAUAUUUGCUCGAUAUGUUGGAGUCAUUCCAUUGAAUAUAUUUAUUUAUCAGAUGUUACUGUCAGAUUAGAGUGUUUAAUUUAUUGCAUUGUUCAUGUUGAUAUAUAGUAUAUAUAUGUCAGUUGUUAUGGAGAUUUCAUUAUUUCUGAAGCAUACAGAAAUAAAAUUAAUAAAAAAAAACUUAUCUAAAA